AUGGUGACUGGUGAACACAAAGUGGCAAUGCAAUUGGCAAGCCCAACAACGAAGCAACCUACAGUCUCCGAUCAGAGCCUGUCCAAGACUCCUCGCUCCAAAAGUGGGAGAAGUAGGAGGAAAAACACUCGUUCCUUUCCAUUUCCAUCUCUCAACAUGCGCGUAUACGACAUCCACACCUCCAAAACCAUUAGUCCUUACUACAAGGGUCUCACUGACCAAUCCCUUGCUAUUGUCGAUACAAACACCAUCCCUCACUGCCAUGCGCCUCAUGCUCCUAUUCCCACUCAUCUCCUCUCUAGCCCAUAUUAUAAAGGUCUUACUGAUUAUUCCAAGGUUAUCGAUCCUUGGACCCCUGGCCCUCAUCAUAUUCCUGCAAACAACUCCUUUUCCUACUCUUCUAGUCCUUACUAUAGAGGCCUUCUCACUGAUUACUCCCUUGUGCUUCAUGCACCACCUGUUGAACCUCCUCCUGCUAUCAAAACUUUCAAAGUCAUCAUGGACAAACUCUCAGCACAAAACACUUCUUCAUCGCCCCCAAAGAUCAUCAACGCUGACUUUACUUUGAACGACUACUUGGUUAUCGAGGAUCAUGAUGGCUUUCUCUUUCAACAACUCCAGCCUGUCAGGGCUACUGCGCCAUUACAAGAAAUUGCUCACCAAACAACUCUGGAUCAAGAGAAGCCAUUGAGAGAGAAGGCGUCAGAGGCAAAUGAGGUUGGAAGUGUGUUAGAAGAGGAAGCAAAGAAAAUGGUUUUGGAGGAGAUGGAAUGGAUGACAAAGGAUCCCAAUGAGAAUGUUCAGAUGGUGAUUGAAGAGAAGCCAUUGAGGGAGAUUGUAUUUGAGCAAGCAAGUGAUAAGGUUGAGGGUGUGUUAGAUGAAACAAUUUUGGAGGAAAUGAAGUUGAUGAGUGGUGCUGAUGUUAUUGAAGAGAAGCCAUUGAGGGAGAGAGUAUCAGAAACAAGUGAUGAAGUAGAGAUGGAUGUGUGGAAGGUGGAGGAACUCAAAGAGCAUGAAAAGGAGAAGGCCUUGUUUGUUUCUGAACCAACAGUUGUUGCAUCAGAAUCACAAUGUAAAGAGGGUGGAAAUGCGUACGAGUAUACAUGGGCAACCAAAUACCAGCCCACCACCUUGGAAGAAUUCAUCUGCAACAAAGAUAAAGCACUUCAGCUCAAAGCAAUGGUAAAAGAAGGGUGUGGCUGCAGUCAUUUUAUAUUUGAAGGACCACCAUGUGUAGGAAAGAGAUCCAUGAUACGGGCUAUGCUUCGAGAGGUAUUUGGCGCCGACAAGGUGCAGGUCAUAGAAGAAUGUAGAAACUUUGACUUGAAGGGAGAAAUGGUUAACAAACUCCAAGUUCGCAUGAAGAAAUCACUCCAUCAUGUUGAGGUGAAUCUCUCAGAGACAAAGGGAUAUGAAAAGCAUGUAAUUGUUGAUUUAUUCAAGGAAACAUAUGGCCAGGUCAUAAACAACUCGCAGCCUUGUUGUCCAGAAAAUUGCAAAGCAAUCAUUUUGUAUGAGGCCGAGAAGCUUUCCAUAGAAUCCUUGUUGUAUAUUAAGUGGCUACUAGAAAAGUACAAGGGGUGUAAUAAGGUAUUCUUUUGUUGCUCUGAUGAAUCAAAGCUCCAACCUGUCAAACCACUUUGCAUCACUGUUCGGCUUUCAUCACCAUCAAGCCAAGAGCUUGUUGAGAUUUUGGAAUAUAUUGGAAAAGAAGAAGGAAUAAAAUUAUCGCGAGACUUAGUCCAUAAGAUAAUUUUGAGGUCCAAAAACAAUCUACGUCAAGCCAUUCGUUCGUUGGAGGCCAGUUGCCGAAACAAGGAUGCUCUCAAAGAUGACGAUUUAAUUCUAACUGGGUGGGAAGAAGAUAUUUUGAAUAUUGCCCAGGAAAUAAUCCAAGAGCAAAGUCCACGACAGCUGUACGUCAUUCGUGGAAAGCUCCAAAGUCUUAUGAUUCAUGAUGUUCCUCCUGACUUUAUUUACAAGUUUUUGGUAACAGAGUUAACAAACCGAGUUGAUGAACCGCUGUGGGCAGGGGUUGCCCAACUCGACAAGGAAUUCAAUAGAGCUGGAGAAAUCAAAUUUGAAAGUAUGAAGCAGUUGGGUCAUGCACGAAAACAAGCCGAAUCGGAUGAGAACAAUGACUCAACCAUAAAGAAUGAAUUAACUUACUCAAAAGUCGAAGAGUUUAUAGCGAAAUUCAUGAGCUGGUACAAGUACAAGAAGCACGAGAAACACAUCGGAGGAGCAUAGAUGGUGAGAGGAACUCAAAUACCAGAGAAUCUUUUGACUUUUGUGUCUCAAAUAUGAAACCACUUUGUGUGAAUAAACUUGAAAGAUAUUUUGUGUUUAAGAUCAACUUAACACCCGUCACGCUCACGCGUGUUCAGUACCUACUCAUCAGGUCGAUCGGAAGGUACCAAAUAAAUUUGGAACUUAAUUAUAUAUGUUUAGAUUGACAUGACCGUGAAUAUGCACGGUGUGUUUUUAUACUGCAUGCUUUCUAUCGUAUUCCUUAGCAGACAUCAUGAUGAGUGUUAGAGUAUACUUCAUAAAUCAUGGUCGAGUGCUUUGGAUGCAACCUAUGUAAUUGGACAUAUAUAUUUGCAUAUACCUUCGUUCACACUCCAUACUGUGAUAAAAAGAAGGUUCAUCUAUGUAUAAAUUAUUAUUCGGUUAUUAUUUCUUCCUUAGUUACUUCGUUGCAAACAAUUUUAUCUUAAAUAAUGAGAUAUCUUGUAUAGUGGAAUUAGGUCAUUUCAAAU